CUGACUUCAUUCACUAUGUUGGGCGUUUAGAUGAAGGAGGCUCUCCACACCUCAGCCUCAAACGUUCUAAUGAAACCCCUCAAAAACUUUUGACAAAAAGCAAUUUUUUUAACAUUCUACGUUUUAGAAAGACUCUUUUCUACUGCAGAAACUCCAGGUGCUUGCUGAAAAGAUGGAGCCCAGUUCCACUGAAGGAGGAGCUGAGGAAAUCCCGCUCCCAAAAAGUCCACCUGCCAAGGUGAUCCUCAAACACGGCCAAGAGCUGGAGGAGGAGCAGGAGGAGCUGGCCGAGCACCGGCCUCUGGAGCAGGAGGACCUCAACUUCGAGAGGUGGAAGCGUCGUCCCUUGCCCAGGAGGACGCUGCACCAGAAGAUCAGCGACGUGAAGACCUACCUGUGGAAUGCCGAGACCAAGGAGUUCAUGGGCCGCUCGGGAAAGAGCUGGAGUCUCAUCCUUCUCUUCUAUGCUGCACUUUAUACCUUCCUGGCGGCCAUGUUUGGCGGCUGUAUAUUUUGCCUCAUGUGGUCUAUUAGUCCCUACCAUCCCACCUAUAACGACAGAGUGAUGCCACCAGGUAUGACCAUGGCGCCACACCUGGAAGGUCACGACAUCACCUUCAACGCCUCCGACCGCAAAUCGUGGAAGCGCUACGCCCGCUCUAUGGAUGAACACCUACGACCCUACAACGAUGGCGCGCAGGACAGGAAGAACAUCCGCUGCACACAGGAAAGGUACUUCAUGCAGGAGGACUUGGAAGAGGACGCUGAAAGGAAGGCGUGCCAGUUCAAGAGGUCCUGGCUGGGGGAGUGCUCAGGUCUGCAGGACCCCCAUUACGGGUACUCGCAGGGGAGGCCGUGCAUCCUUCUCCGAAUGAACAGGAUUCUUGGAUAUCUGCCUGGACAAGGGAAACCAGUCAAUGUGACUUGUGGAGUCAAGAGAGGACCACCAGAUGCCUUGGGAGAAAUUCAGUUUUUCCCAAAAAGUAUUUUUGAUCUUAAGUACUACCCUUACUAUGGGAAACAACGACAUGUGAACUACUCAUCUCCAGUGGUGGCCGUGCGUUUCUCGGGAGUUCAGUACGACACUCACAUCCAAGUGCAGUGCAAGCUGAAUGGAAAGGGGAUCAUCAACGACUCGCCCACCGAUCGCCACCUUGGGAGUGUCACCUUCUUCUUGGACGUUGGAGCGUAGGACCCGCAGGAAGCUCAUCACACUAUAAAUACUCAUUAUUUGACAUGAUGCCCACAAACAAGACACCACAAGCACAAUGGCAUGCAUUUCCUCAUGAGAUCAGAUUAAUCUAACUAAACUCCCUGUGGAUAUGUUUUCCUUGCCUAUGCAAAUCCAAUUUAGAAUGAAACCAGUAAUGCUCUGUAGAACCAUUGUAGGAGCAUAUAGAAUAUGCAGAUUUUUGUUGUUCUUAGAAUGUUUUGGUGAGACCAUACUAAUUAUUUGUGCUUGUAGUAUUUUUUUUUUUUUUUAAACGUGCAUAUUUUAAGGAAUCUUGUGCAAUGAAAACAAGUCUUGCACUGUACUCACACAAUAAAAGACUGAAAACCUAUCCAGAACAAUUACAGGAGAUCGUCUCUAAACUUAUGAACGCCUGGUGUGACUUUUGCCAUUGGGCUUUUUGCCAGAGGGCAGUAAUUGUGCAUUUACGUGUGUAUUCAAAGACGUUGUUCAAAUUAAGUGUAACUAAAGUUUGUGAGUUUUUGGUUCAUUUUGGAAUUGAACAUGAAAGUCCAAUAUUAAUGACUUUUUGUGAACACUAGUCUACUAUAGAAAACGUGCUUAUGAAAGUUACACAUAUAAGUGAACAGACAAUUUAAGAUAACCUUAGACUGAUUUAAAAUACUUUUUUAAAGAUUAUCCUGAUCCAAAUGUGCUACUAAACUGUGUCAAUGUUGUAGCCUAUUUAUUCCUAUGGCAGUUGUACGACGAGUUGUACUGUUAAUUUUGCCUGUGAAAUGAAAAUAAACGGAGGAGGCAGUGGUGGUUUUCUGGCAUGUGCAACACGUGCAGCCACACAGGGCUGCAUUGCUUAGGGCGACAAUGCCAAAAAUAUGGAUUACCUGAAAUAGUCUCUAUCAUGUAAAGGCAUGCCCUGAUAAACACUGGCGAGCAUUAUAUGGGGAAUUUACAUUCCCUUAUGCAGGGGGGCCUGGUUUAACUGUUUAAGAAAAUCUUGACAUCUUAAAGGUUGUAAUGAUGUUUGCAAUAAUUGGAUAGGGCGUCAUUUAAGCUCAGACUGCCACUGGGAGGAGGGCAUACUUUUUGUAGUCAUUAACAAGUGGUUGAUUGGUUCUGUAACUCCUUUUGUCCAACUGAAGAAAAGUUUGAUCUAUCUGUGUGUUUUGUCAAUAAAUCCCACUAUUUGGUAAAAAUA